UUGUCGUUGGAUACACAGGUUCACGUACCUAGUCGCAUACGUGAAUAUUUUGUGGUUCAAAAUUCAGUUAUAUUUGUUUUUUUGGAAGUUUUAUUUUCGGUAUUUCUGGUACAAGGCAGAUCCAAGCAACAUGGCCAGCUCGACUGAGGCAUCUCGCUCCUACAGGCUGGAGUUGGAGCCACAAAAAAGGAGUGUUUUUGUCACACAAUUGGGAGAAAGAGGAGAUGAUGAGCAUGACCGUGAAGAAGAAGAUAUCAAUAAGUACCCGAUUGUCAAAGAGUCGGCAGGCAAGCUGAUAGAGACCGGCCUGAAUACCAUGCAGAAGACCCUGCUGCUCAAGAGGGAAGUAGAAGUCGACAAGGUGACCCUGGAGCUUCAGGCCAAGCGGGAGAGUUUCCAGCGGCGCAUGGAGGAAUGCGAGAAGAAGAGAAUCGAACUACAGAAGAAGCAACAAAGAAUGAAAGAUAGAGUCAGCAAGUUUGACAAGUUCAUUCAAGAAACGGAGGCAAAGAGGCGCCGAGCAAUUCACAAAUACCAGACGGAGUUGAAACUGAAGGACCAGAAACAGUCGGAGUAUGAACUGCUGUUGGAACAACUAGAAGACCUGAAACUUGUACACAAAGAACUUUGUACAAAACUGCAGAGGCACAAGAAAUAUGAGGACUACUUGAUGAGAGUUCUGGAUGAGAUCCCAGAAAACUACUUGGAAGUCAACGAUUCCAUGCUGCGUAGUCUAAUGGACCGGCAUCGUACGUUGAGCGCAACCAAUCAGGCGCUGAUAAGCAGGGUUCAAAACGUGUCCGACCAAAUCGACACCGACAACCAGUUGCUGGAAGAACUCAAGUACACUCAUGACCAGAAAAAAUUGUUGAUCAAUCGUCAGCUUGCUGAGCUUCAGAGCAGGCAGGAGGAAGUGACAGAAUCAAAUUCUCAGUUAGAGGAGAUCAUCUUCAAUGAGUUGAACAGCUACAGAGACCAUAGUGAAAUACUUGGGAGAACCCAGAUGGCCAUUAAUGACAUAGCAGACAAAUGCCACAAGAAGCACGACCCAGCCCUGGAUUCAUUGACGUACAUUGAGAAGCUUCAUCUUAUCAUGUUGUUCACAAUGGACCUGAUUUCAAUUGAGAAGAUGGCCAGGAACAUGAGUCUGGGAUCACGGAUGCGCAGGAAAAGUAAGAGCUCCGGUAGCGCCACUGGCUCCAAGGCUAGCAGGAACAACACAAGCAUGGGCUCAACCACGCAGAAGAGAUGAAAUUAAUAACGCUGGCGUGUGGAUACUGUACACAAGGACUCCAACGGCAGCGACAAAAGGAGACAUGUGUCAGACACUUCAAUGCUGUUACCGCCGUGCUCAAGCAAAGACGCUGUUGGCUUGUACAUUUUGAUGAAACUUAGUCAUGCAUACUUUGUGCCAUAUGAGCAUGAAGCAGGAUGGAUCCCACACAGUGGAGCUCUGACGAGUGGUCACACAGCUCCUUCUACUCCAUAAUAUAGUCAGAACGUACUUACCAUCACCAAGUAUGCAUGAACGUCCAAGUGAAUGCAGCCUAGCCUCAUCUCUAAAGGCAGAGAGAUGGUGAGAGGGAUCAUUUCACCAAGAGUGACUUUUUAAAGAUGUGACCAGUCAAGAUCCAUGAGGGAGGAAUCAAGAUCCAGAGUGGGGAGGAGGGAAGCAGGGUCCUGACGUUUGGUUAAUAAUUCUAUUUUAGCAAAAAUUGAAGCUUUCAACCCCACUUAAGGACUUUUUAAAUCCUUGGCUUCAGCUCCAGGUUCAUGUCUAGUUUCAAAAUCACA